UUCUGGGCAUCCGCGACUGAGUACUUCCUUUAACAAGAUGGCGGCAGGAAGCAAUGGCGAUGGUGCCAGACGCUGCUCGAAAAGCAAUGCUGAUUCUGGCUUCCUGGGCCUGCGACCCACGUCGGUGGACCCGGCGCUGAGGCGGCGACGGCGGGGCCCAAGAAAUAAGAAGCGGGGCUGGCGGCGACUCGCUCAGGAGCCGCUGGGGCUGGAAGUUGAUCAGUUCCUGGAGGACGUGCGGCUACAGGAGCGCACGACCGGUGGCUUAGUGUCAGAGGCCCCUGAUGAAAAACUGUUCUUCGUGGACACUGGUUCCAAGGAGAAAGAGCGGAAAAGGAAGAAGACUCGGGUCCAGAAGAAAUCGCUGCUCCUCCAGAAACCCCUGCGGGUAGACCUUGUCCUUGAGAACACAUCCAAGAUCCCUGCCCCCAAAGACAUCCUCGCUCACCAGGUCCCCAAUGCCAAGAAACUCCGGCGGAAGGAGCAGCUAUGGGAGAAGCUGGCAAAGCAGGGCGAGCUGCCCCGGGAUGUGCGCAGGGCCCAGGCCCGGCUUCUCAACCCUCCUGUGGCCAAGACCAAGCCUGGGCCCGAGGACACCAUCCAGCGGCCCUUCUAUGACCUCUGGGCCCCGGACAACCCUCUGGACAAGCCGCUGGAGGGCCAGGACGCCUUCUUCCUGGAGCAGACCAAGAAGAAGGGAGUGAGGCGACCACCUCGUCUCCACAUCAAACCCUCCCCGGCACCUGCUGUGGAGGUGACACCUGCAGGAGCCUCCUACAACCCGACCUUCGAGGACCACCAGGCCCUGCUCUUGGCUGCCCAUGAAGUGGAGCUGCAGCGUGAGAAAGAGGCUGGAAAGCUGGAGCGCAGGCUGGCCCUGCCCGCCACAGAGCAGGUGGCCACCCAGGCGUCCACCUUCCGGGAGCUGUGCGAGGGGCUGCUGGAGGAGUCUGACGGGGAGGCCGAGCAGGACACGGGUGAGGAGCCGGAGGCCGGAGGCACCGAGACCUCGCAGGCACCUGGCCGCCUGCCCUCCGUGGAGAAGAAAACAGAGCAGCAGCGGCGGCGGGAGAAGGCCGCGCGGAGGCUGAGGGUGCAGCAGGUGGCACUGCGAGCUGCCCGGCUCAGGCACCAGGAGCUCUUCAGGCUGCGUGGGAUCAAGGCACAGGUGGCCCAGCGGCUGGCAGAGCUGGCAAGGCGACGGGAGCAGCGGCGGAUUCGGCGGCUGGCUGAGGCGGACAAGCCCCGCAGGCUGGGGCGGCUCAAGUACCAGGCUCCUGACAUUGACGUGCAGCUCAGCGAUGAACUGUCCGGCUCACUCAGGACCCUCAAGCCCGAGGGCCACAUCCUGCGUGACCGCUUCAAGAGCUUCCAGAGGAGGAACAUGAUCGAGCCUCGGGAGCGGGCCAAGUUCAAGCGCAAGUACAAAGUGAAGCUGGUGGAGAAGCGGGCGUUCCGCGAGAUCCAGUUAUAGCGGCUGAUGCCAGCGCCCUGCUCCUCAGUGAAGCACCUCUGAGCCACACGUGCCCACCUGUCUGUGAUCCCAGUGGCUCAGGAGGCUGAGCAGGAGGAUCUCAAGUUCUAAGCCAGCCUCAGCAACUUAGCAAGACUGUCUCAAAAAAAUAAAGAGCUGGGGAUGCUGCUCAGUGGUAAAGCAGGUUCAGGCCCCAGUCGUGAAGAAAAUAAAGCCUCUCCAACCGCCCCAGGGCUGCAUGGCUUUCCUCCGCCACUGAGCUCCCCUCCCUGCAGUCUCUGUACAUCUUCUACCCCCACCCCCAUGCACGGGGGUUGGGUCCCUAGUGUUAAUUUCCACCAAAGCCUGGUGCAGACCCAGACUCUGUCAGGCCAUCAGCCAUUGGAGAACAUGCGAAGCCUCAGACAGACCGCCACAUGUGGCUGGUGGCAGACACAAGCCCAGCACCAGAGAAAACUGGAGGUGGGAGGUAAGGGGCAGGCUAAGCUGCAGGUCUGGCUGGCACUGCGGGUGGCCACUCCUGCUGUGCUGAGCUAGGGCCUGUGCUCUGAGGUGCUCAGCUGCUGUUGUGGAGGGGGAGGCUGAGCCCCUGUGCUCUUGCGGGGAAGGUGGUACCAGGGAUUGAACUCAGGGGCACUUGACCACUGAGCCACAUCCCCAACCCAAUUUUUGUAUUUAUGGUCUCAGUUAGUUGCUUCGCGUCUGGCUCUUGCUGAGGCUGGCUUUGAACUCUCGAUCCUCCUGUCUCAGCCUCCUGAGCUGAUGGGCUCUGCGCUGUUCUUGAACAGGUAGAUUCACAUAGUGAAGCGUCACUGCUGCUGGUUAAGGGACUACAAGCAUUUCCAUUUCAUAGGUGAAGAGAUGGACACAUCACAGCAGCUAAAUUAUGGAGCCAACCCAGGUAGCUGUCGGUAGAUGAGUGGAUCAAGGGGAUGUGUGCAUGUACACAGUAGAGUAUUGCUCAGCCAUGAAGAAUGAAACUGGCAUUUGCCAGGACAGUGCCAAGUCAAGGGCCAGAUGUCUUCUCACGUGGAGGCAAAGCAAACGGGUGGUCAGUGAGGUGGAGUGGGG